AUGGAUUUGCGCACCAUCAUGAACACGGAGAGCGCUGGCAACUCCAGCGCUCCCUCCCAACCACAUCCGUCGCCAUCUCAAGCGCCUCGCGAUUCCUCCGACCCCAUCUAUCCUCCGCGCGACCAGCUGCCAUCCUCAUCCUCCUAUCCGUCAGCCUUUGCCGGCCCUCCGCCGCCGCAACGAUCUCACGCAUCCCCCGAGCGCUCUUCCUCCUACGGCUCUCUUCAAUCGCCUUACCAAUAUCGUCCCUCUCCGGCCAUAAUUUCGGGCGCGCCAUCCCAACGAGCUCCGACCCCUCCUCCCUACGGUGCCUCCGUCUCGCGUGACUCCUUCGCCGCGUCCGUCGCUUACAAUCAACAGCAACAGCAGCAGCAGCAGCAGCAGCAGUCCCCCGUCGCUCAACAACGGUCGCAAUCCAUCCAGUCUGUUUUAACCCCCUAUUCCCAUUCCUCCAACUCAUUCCAUCCCAGGGAAAGUUCCCCGACAGGCGCUGCACAACCUUACCCGUCGCAACAUUUCUCCCCUCCGGCACAAGGAUCGCUACCGAAUACGCCACGAGGGUCUGCUGCUGCUAUCUACGCCCACCAAUCACCCCAAUCCUCGGUUCGUCCUCAAUCUUCAGGUCGUGACUCUCUUUCGAAUCGAGCUUCCAGUCCGUGGGUGGGCCCGGACGCUGCCGCUGCCGCCAUGCACGUGUCGCCCUCCACCGCGGCGCGGUCAUCGCGAGCAGAAUCAAGAACACUAGACCAAACUCCGCGCAAACACAGUUCAACCUCAGAAAGAAGGGAGUCAGACGAAAGUGUGAGCCCCAGAACUACCUUCCCUCCAGGGGCACGUCCCGAGGCAACUACGGCACGUCCCGACCAGACCGCUUUAUCGCAGCCAGAACACGUUGAGAAUGGAACUAUAAUAAAGGAGGGCCAACCUACGAACCCAAGUCUUCCCACACAACAGCAACACAUCAACAGUUCCCCCUCGUCGAGAAUGUCCAUCACAAAGGAAUCGUCUGUGGAGGAUUCGGCGCCCCAGUGGGCCCAAAAAGCUAGAGUGGCUUCAGACCCGAAAAUCACGUCGAGCCCGCAACAGCCCAAACGAAAACGGCGAAGGCUCAACGAACCGCCUAUCUACGCCCAAAGAUGUGCUCGCUCGAAAGGAAGAUGUCCCCCAAUCCCAAAGCCACACCCGCCUAUUCCUAAACACGCAAGAGACUCGCCAGCAAACCCCUGGAUCGUGCGCCAACGCGCCGUGUCCUCCGCGCAGGGAGCUGUGGCUGCUGCUGUUGCUCCUCCAGUCAAAGUAAAAGGGGAAUCCACGCCCGUGAAUGGACCUUCGACGCCGCAGCGACCAUCCGAACCUCCACAGGUCGGUAGCUUGGGGCCAUGGGAGCCGUCUAUCACGGGUUUUAUCCCGCACGAGGAGGUCACCAAAAUUGUCGCCGAUUUCCUUUUCCAACACGUCGUGCUCCGAAAUGACGCCAUUGCAGCCCCUGCUGGGGCGGCUGCUGCCGGUCAAAUGCCUAUCAUUGAGGUGGAAGCCAAAUUGGGUCAGCUCAUCGACAUGGAUCGCGGGGAACGAAUGGUUCUGCCAAUCUUGACUGAGAGUGUUGUAAACAAGGAUAAUCCGCGCUUCAGGACUGCUUUUGAAAGCACCAUGACUGUGGCGCAACACCGAGCCAUGAAUAAUUUCCUCAACGAAGCGGUCAAGAUGUCCAUGCCCCAAUCAAAUCAAGGCCGCAUCCCACUUUCAUACGCCCACAAAAAGGAAAGGGAUACUUUCUACGAAGUAUCCCCCAACGAGCUUCCGCCAGUCAUCCGACAGAACCUCAAUCCGCGUCACAAACCCAAGGUGCGUGUAACCGUCGACCAGCGAACGGGCGAAGUCCUCGCAAAGAUCGUCAAAUGCCGCAUCGCCGACCUCGACGUACACAGCCCUCGCACCUGCGUCGACUGGCGAAUCAGCGUCAACCUCGAAAUGAGCUACGACGGCGAUGUCAGUAACCUGCCCGUCGCCGACGGAAGGGGUGGUCGUGGCGGCGACCGGAACAAAGAUCGUAUGAGUUAUCGACAUCUAGCAUAUCAAAUCGAUCUAACCCAGGUUGCGAAAUCAGAGCCCCCAGUCAAAGGCGAAUUUGAACACGAACUCGAAGUCGAAAUCUCCGCCGCCGAAAUCCGCCGCCAAGGCCAAAUGGCUAUGACGGGGGAUCCCAAAAACCAGUAUGAAGAAUUGAUCAAGGGUUUCGUGGAUAAUGUCCGUGUUCUGGCACGAGCCGUACCGCCAUAG